AUGCGCAGCUUCAGUCAGGCUUCAGGCUUCAAGCUUCGAUGGCGCAACACGGCUCGAAUUGACCGCCGUGGACUCGGCGCGCAUACCCAGCGGCAACCCAGUAAUCUACCGAGGGCACCAUCGGCGGGAACUAUUCAGGAGGAGCUGCUCGCGAUGAAAAAGCCUACGAAGAGGAAGACAACGAGAUGUGAUCCCCAGCCUCAUGCCGUCCUAAAGCCGCAUACCGGAACUCCUGUGCCUACGCCGUUUGUCGAGAAACUCUCUGACUUCGUCAAUAGGACUUACGUCUAUAACUCUGAUUAA